UUUGUAUCUGGUAUAGAGAGCAGUUGGGUAGGAAAUAUUUGAAUAUUAUUAGCUCUAUUGCCCUCUCUUCUUUUCUUGCUCAUCAAUCAACAAGACAUUUUUCUAUAUAAACCUGCAAUUCUUUUCAAGGCAUUUAAUUUCUCUGAGAGAAUAUUGAACAUCUUUCAUUUUUAUUUCAAUUGAGAUAAUUAAAGUGAUGAAGAUUACGUGGGAAUCUAUAGUUCCUAGCUGUUGUAAAGCCGAAAAUCCAACGCCAAAGCCAAUUAAGGAGAUAAAAUUAGUGACGAAACAAAGUUCAUUUCAUAGGAUUUCAAUUUCUGAUUUCAGCGGUUCGACGAUUUCAGAGGACUUAUCAAUAUCUCUAGCUGGUUCAAAUCUUUAUGUUUUCAAUCUUCAAGAAUUGAAGGUGAUUACUCAGAAUUUUUCUUCGAGUAAUUUCCUUGGUGAAGGAGGCUUUGGACCAGUUCACAAAGGUUUCAUUGAUGAUAAACUUAGACCUGGUCUGAAAGCUCAACCUGUGGCUGUAAAGCUUUUGGAUUUAGAUGGCACUCAAGGUCAUAGAGAGUGGCUGACAGAAGUGAUAUUUCUGGGGCAAUUGAGACAUCCACAUCUGGUGAAGUUAAUCGGAUAUUGUUGUGAAGAGGAACACAGGCUGUUGGUGUAUGAAUACAUGCCCAGAGGCAGCUUGGAGAAUCAACUCUUUAGAAGAUAUUCUGUAUCACUUUCAUGGUCAACAAGGGUGAAAAUAGCACUUGGAGCUGCAAAAGGCUUAGCUUUCCUCCAUGAAGCUGAAAAAUCGGUCAUAUAUCGUGAUUUCAAGGCUUCAAAUAUUUUGUUAGACUCUGAUUACAAUGCCAAACUUUCAGAUUUUGGACUUGCGAAAGAUGGUCCAGAAGGAGAUGAUACGCACGUCUCCACCCGAGUCAUGGGAACACAAGGCUACGCUGCUCCUGAAUACCUCAUGACAGGUCAUUUGACUGCAGCUAGUGACGUAUACAGUUUUGGAGUAGUACUAUUGGAGCUUCUAACUGGCAGAAGAUCGGUAGAUAAAAGCCGUCCAAACAGAGAGCAAAAAUUAACAGAUUGGGCAAGACCACAAUUGAAAGAUCCCCGAAAACUACAUAGAAUAAUGGAUCCAAGGCUAGAAGGUUUAUAUUCAGAAGAAGGGGUUCAAAAAGCAGCAUUAGUAGCUUACCAAUGCUUAAGCCACAGGCCAAAGGCUAGACCAGAAAUGAGCACAAUUGUGAAAACAUUUGAAUCAUUGAAGGAUUAUAAGGGUAUUUCAACCAUGACAUUUGUGUAUAUAGCUCCAGUUGAAGACAAAGAAUUGUGCAAAGAAAGUCCUCAAAGGGAAGUGAAGAAAAGAAAUACUUAUUCUCAUCAUAGAAAAAGUCGCCAAAAUUCAACAAUUAAUUACCCAGAAAAGGCUCUACACAACAAAUUAAGUCCAAAUUCACCAUUGCGUAAUGAUUUCCACAGAGCUUAAUAUUGAAGACAAAAUUGUAUAGGUCCAGGUAAUACAUCCACAUUUUUCUUUACCUGAUAAUAGUUUAAGACAAAACGAAAAAGCUUGAUUUUUUUUUUCAUGAAUGUAUUUAUUAGAAGUUUUUGUUUUAAUCAUGAUAGAGAUUUGUUUAGCAGUUGAGCAAUUCGGAAGAAAAAUCAGUGUUAGUGAAGACAAGGCAGAUGUCAACUUUGUAUAUGUUACACAUUUCCUUUUGGAGUUUUUAGUAAUAUAUACAUACGCUUUAAUUCA